UUUCUAAACGCCGAUAACUGAUCCGGUGAUACGGCGGCCACCAAUGUUAGGGUCAAAGUCUACCCUGACUGUCGCCAGGCUGGUCAGAGACGUUGCAUACAUUUUCAUUGACAACAUGGCACUUGUCAAAUGUGCAGCCUUUUUCAUGCUGGGAGCCGCGCUAUCGUACGGUGUCGGCCUGGCGUGCACCCUGACGACACUGCUGGUGUUCGGUGUUUACCUCGUUACGGGAGGCUGGCGUUUUACAUGGGUUGUUAUAAACACUCUUCCAAGAGAUUUGAGGGGGCUGACUGUAUUAUUGAGGACAAAGUUUGUAAUUAAAGACCAUUUAAGAUCAGGAACUACAAUAGCAAAGUUAUUUACAAAGUCUGCUAACAAAUAUCCUAACAAAGCGUGUGUUUUGUUUGAGGAUGAGGUCUGGACAUUUCAAGAAGUUGAGGCAUACUCCAACUCAAUUGCAAAUUAUUUUUACCAAGCUGGAUUUCAGAAAGGAGAUGUUGUAUCUAUUUACAUGGACAACAGACCGCAGUAUUUCUGUUACUGGCUUGGAUUGUCGAAGAUAGGAGUGGUGUCGGCUUUGAUUAAUUACAACCUCCGCAAGCAGCAGCUUACUCAUUCUAUAAUUGCAGCUGAGUCGAGGGCAGUCAUCUUUGGGAAGGAGUUCACUGAAGAUAUAAAGGAGGCAGUUCAUGGUAAUGGAAAGCUGAAGCUGUAUAUUACAGGAACCAACAAUAUUGCCGACCCCUCCAUAACAUGUCUUGACCCUCUGCUGGAGAAGGUCUCCAAAUUCAAUCCUCCAGCAGUUCCAGUAAAAUUCAGUGAGAAGCUGUUCCUUGUGUUUACAUCAGGAACAACAGGUUUACCAAAGGCUGCAGUGAUCACACACACCAGGUUUUUCUACAUGUCAUUUGCUAUCCAGCAGAUGUACCGUCUGUCUGGGAAGGACACCCUGUACACCUCCCUGCCCCUCUACCACACUGCUGGGGGAAUCCUAGGGGUGGGGCAGGUUGUGCUCGGGGGCACCACUCUCGCUCUUCGACGCAAAUUUUCAGCCAGCAAGUUCUGGGAGGACUGUGUGAGAUACAACUGCACUGCUAGCCAGUACAUAGGUGAAAUAUGUCGGUAUUUACUAGCCCAACCUCAUCGUAAUUUUGACCGUCAGCACAAAGUGAGGAUCAUGUUCGGUAAUGGUCUGAGGCCACAGAUUUGGAAGGAAUUCCAAGACCGGUUUGGUGUGCAACAGAUGGGAGAGUUCUAUGGGGCGACUGAGGGCAAUUGUAACACACUGAACCCAGACAACACGGUAGGAGCUGUGGGAUUCACCACCAUGAUAGCCCCCUUCUUGUACCCUAUCACACUCAUACGUGUAGACGAACAAGGCGAACACAUGCGUGACAGAAAUGGCGUCUGUAUCAAGGCCAAACCAGGGGAGCGAGGAGAGUUAGUAGGUAAGAUUGUAAAGGGCGAUGCUCUCCGAGAAUUUGACGGCUACGUCAACAAGACGGCUACCAGCAAGAAGAUUUGUGCCAGUGUUUUCAAGAAAGGUGACUUGGGGUUCCUCACAGGAGAUGUGUUAAUCAUGGACCAGUUUGGCUACUUCUAUUUCCAGGAUCGUACGGGCGACACAUUCCGUUGGCGUGGCGAGAACGUCUCUACGAUGGAGGUGGAAGCUGUCGUCAGUAACAUCGUCAGGCUUUGUGACUCAGUUGUGUAUGGAGUAGAAGUACCUGGCUUAGAAGGCAGAGCGGGGAUGGUAGCCAUUGAGGACCAGAAUGACAAUUUAGAUCUACAUUAUCUACAGACAGAACUACAGAAGGCCCUGGCCUCGUACGCUCGGCCUGUGUUUGUGCGUCUGUUGAAGACUGUCGCCACUACAGGGACAUUUAAGCUGAAGAAGGUGGAGUUACGGCAGGAAGGAUUUGACCCCAACAAGGUGAAGGACAGACUGUUUUAUAUGAACUCUAAGAGUGGCUGCUAUGAACCAAUCACCCCACAGGUUUACAGGGACGUCUGUAAUGGUAAAACCCGCUUGUAAAUCAAACAGGGGCCACUAGAUAGUUGAACAUCAAUCACCCCACAGGUUUACAGGGACGUCUGUAACUGUAAAACUCGCUUGUAAACCAACCUGGGGCCACUAGAUAGUUCAACAUCUAUCACCCCACAGGUUUACAGGGACGUCUGUAACGGUAAAACUCGCUUGUAAACCAACCUGGGGCAACUAGAUAGUUCAACAUCUAUUUAGAGGAACAAGCAACAAACAGAACUAUAUUCAGGGGAGAUCCUUAUAAGGAAAUCAAUCAAUAUGCUCAUAGACUUUUACGUAAUCUGCCGUUUCUACUCCGACAGACUUAUGAUAUUGUUUGAUAGCUUGUGAUAUUGAUAGUUAAAACUUGAUAUAAUGAUAUAAUGCCCCUCAUUUCAUUUGCCCAUAUUUUCAAGGUCCCCUUUUCCUUCAUGAUUCAUUUAUAAUCUAUUCCAUGGAAUAUUACCUCCCCCCCCCCCCCCCAAAC